GGUCACUAUGAGUCAGAAUCAAGUUGACAGCAGUGGGUGACUUUAUACUAUUUAUGAAGGCUAAGGAGUAGCUAGCUAACAGCUUUUUACGUUACAUCUAUUUAUGAAGUUAGCGCUAAGCUCAGAAUCACAGGCAAAGAUAACAAUUCUCCUUUAAAAAAAUUAGACACCCAGUUUUUUUUUUUUUUUUAAGAAAGUCACUCAUGAUGAUUUAAAAGAACAAGUGCGAAUAUUUUGACUGUAAACACUAAGUAUUUUGUAUAAUGAACAAAUAGGUCCUGUAUUUUAUGAGAAUUCUUUUAGCUUUAAUACAUUCAAAGUUUUUUUUUCCAAGGCCGCUAUCAAUAGCUUAUAAACAGUUUAUUUCAUCUACCCUAAAUUUAAGUGUUUUAAGAGAGAGGUUUUUUUUUCCCCCAGAUCCGCAUUUGCCAAAUUUGUCUUGAGUCCAAUUGUGUUUAAAGAUCAGUGCUGACUGUAUUGCAAAUGUAUUCUUUUAUUCUUGCUGUAACAUCUUUUGAUGUUGUCUGUGCCAUCUGCCUUCACAUGAGGAAAAAAUGCAAGACUUUGACAGAGGAGAAAAACGUUUCCAUUUCUUGAUAGGUUCAAUAUUGAGGAAAGACUAAUUCUGAUAACCUGAAGGAAUCUCCAUUCUAACCUUGAGGUCAUGUAAACAGAUUUUACUGAGUUUCCUUAUUUUGCUCUCUAUAAUUUGAGAUUACUGGGACUAGCUGAAUGCUUUAUUAUAGAUUAAGUGAAGCAAAUCAUAGAGUGUUAGAACUGAAAGGUAUCUUGUUGUUAUUAGGUGCCAUCGAGUCGGUUCCGACUCAUAGCAACCCUACGCACAACAGAAUGAAACACUGCCCGGUCCUGCACCAUCCUUACAAUUGUUGUUAUGCUUGAGCUCAUUGUUGCAGCCACUGUGUCAGUCCACCUCAUUGAUGGUCUUCCUCUUUUCUGCUGACCCUGUACUCUGCCAAGCAUGCUGUCCUCCAGGGACUGAUCCCUUCUGACAGUGUGUCCAAAGUACGUAAGAUGCAGUCUCGCCAUCCUUGCCUCUAAGGAGCAUUCUGGCCACACUUCUUCCAAGACAGAUUUGUUCAUUCUUUUGGCAGUCCAUGGUAUAUUCAAUAUUCUUUGCAAACACCACAAUUCAAAGGCAUCAACUCUUCCUUGGUCUUCCUUAUUCAUUGUCCAGCUUUCACAUGCAUAUGCUGCGAUUGAAAAUACCAUGGCUUGGGUCAGGCACACCUUAGUCUUCAAGGUGACAUCUUUGCUCUUCAACACUUUGAAGAAGUCCUUUGUAGCAGAUUUAGCCAAUGCAAUGCGUCUUUUGAUUUCUUGACUCCUGCUUCCGUGGGUGUUGAUUGUGGAUCCAAGUAAAAUGAAAUCCUUGACAACUUCAAUCUUUUAUCUGUUUAUCAUCAUGUUGCUAUGGGUCUAGUUGUGAAGAUUUUUGUUUGCUUUAUGUUGAAGUGUAAUCCAUACUGAAGGCUGUGGUCUUUGAUCUUCAUUAGUAAGUGCUUCAAGUCCUUUUCACUUUCAGCAAGCAAGGUUGUGUCACUGCAUAUUGCAGGUUUUUAAUGAGUCUUCCUCCAAUCCUGAUGCUCCGUUCCUCUUUAUAUAGCCCAGUUUCUGGGAUUAUUUGCUCAGCAUACAGAUUGAGUAGGUAUGAUGAAAGAAUACAACCCCGACGCACACCUUUCCUGACUUUAAACCAUGCAGUAUGUGCUUGUUCUGUCCAAACAACUGCCUCUUGAUCUAUGUGCACUUUCCUCAUGAGCACAAUUAAGUGUUCUGGAAUUCCCAUUCUUCAUAAUGUUAUCCAUAAUUUGUUAUGAUCCACACAGUCGAAUGCCUUUGCAUAGCCAAUAAAACACAGGUAAACAUCCUUCUGAUAUACUCUGCUUUCAGCCAGGAUCCAUCUGACAUCAGCAAUGAUAUUCCUGGUUCCAUAUCCUCUUCUGAAUCCGGCCUGAAUUUCUGGCAGUUUCCUGUUGAUAUACUGCUGCAGCCGCCUUUGAACGAUCUUCAGGAAAAUUUUGCUUGCAUGGGAUAUUAAUGAUAUCGUUCAAUAAUUUCCACUUUGGUUGGAUCACCUUGGGAAUAGGGAUAAAUAUGGAUCUCUUAUUAGUGAUAUUUAAUUUUAUAGCUUACAAAACUCUCCAUUUUAAAGAUACCUUUCAUCACUUCCAGAGCUUCCCUUUGUAAAGAUAGCCUUUUUUUAAUCACUUCUAGAACUUUUUAUUGUAAAGAUAUAUGUAAGUAUAUAUAUACUAGUAUAUAUAUCUCAAUAUAUAUCUCAUGAUAAAUGGGGAAAAUAUUGAAGUUGUCAACGAUUUCAUUUUACUUGGAUCCACAAUCUACACCCAUGGAAGCAAAAGUCAAGAAAACAAAAGAUGCAUUGCAUUGGGCGAAUCAGCUGCAAAAGACCUCUUUAAAGUGUUGAAAAGCAAAGAUGUCACCUUGAGGACUAAGGUGCGCCAGACCCAAGUCAUGAUGUUUUCAAUGACCUCAUAUGCAUUUGAAAGCUGGACAGUGAAUAAGGAAGACCGAAGAAGAUUGACGUUUUUGAAUUGUGGUAUUGGCGAAGAAUAUUCAGUAUACCAUGCCAGAAGAAUAAACAAAUCUGUCUUGGAAGAAGUACAGCCACAAUACUCCUUAGAAGCAAGGAUGGUGAGACUACAUCUAACAUACUUUGGACAUGUUAUCAAGCAGGGACCAGUCCCUGGAGAAGGAUAUUAUGCUUGGUAAAGUAGAGGGUCAGUGAAAAAGAGGAAGACCCUCAACACAAUGGCUGCAGCAAUGGACUCAAGCAUAACAAUGAUUGUGAGGAUGGAGCAGGACCAGACAGUGUUUCAUUCUGUUGUAUGUAGGGUCGCUAUGAGUUGGAACCAACUGGGUGGCACCUAACAACAAUAACGUCUUAGUUAUAUACUGCUGCUAUAACAGAAGUACCACAAGUGGAUGGCUUUAACAAGGAGUUUAUUCUCUCAUAUUGCAGUAGGCUAGAAGUCUGAAUUCAGGGUGCCAGCUCCAAGAGAAGGCUUUCUGUCUCUGUUGGCUCCGCAUUAAGAUCCUUGUGAUGCAUCAGUCUUCCCUUUGUCUAGUAGCAUCUCAGCACAGGAACCUCAGGUCCAAAGGACGCACUUUGUCCCCAACACUGCUUUCUUGGUGGUAUGAGGUCCCCAUGUCUCUCUGCUGGCUUCUCUCUUUUAUAUCUCAAAAGAGAUUGGCUUAAGACACCACGUAAUCUUGUAGACCUCGUCAAUAUAAUUUCUGCUAAUCUAUCUUAUUACAUCAUAGUGACAGGAUUUACAACACAUAGGGAAAUCACAUCAGAAGAUAAAUGGCAGAGAGUCAUAUAAUCAUACAAGGGAAUCAUGACCUAGCCAAGCUGACAGAUAUUUUUGGGGGACACAAUUCAGUCCAUGACACAUGUACAUACAUCUUUUAAAACUUUCAGAACUAUUAUUUUUAAAGAUAAUUUUUUGCACUUCUGGGACUCUUCGGAGUUAAGAUACAUUUUCUCUUUGCAAUUAGAAAUCUGUGGAGUGAUACUUUGGCACUUUGGAAAUACUCUGCUCCCAAGCAACUUUUUUUUUUUUUUUAACCUAAUGGUUUUAGAACCCAUUGAAGAGCAUUUCCUGAAUAAGUUUUGUUGGGGGCUCUGCAAAAUGGUGAUUUUUCUAAUUCUAUGAUUUCUUUUUUUAUAAAUAGUUGGUAUUAUUUGGUAAAGAAGAACAUUCACUUUUUUUUCCUCUGCCAUUUCUCAUUUAUUUUGUUUUUAGGUAGAAGAGUUAGCUGUGUGGCAUGUGAAUUAGUCACUUCAUAAAUAGAUGUUUGAUUAGAAAAGUUGAGUAAAAAUGAAAUUUUAAAGUAUGGAAUCAUAGCUUACAUGUACAGUGGUAGUUCACUCUUGAAAAGGAUCUUGCUGUAAAUCUUUUUUGCAAAGCUAGGAAUUACCUCCUUUUUUUUUCCACGUGAGCAAAGCUUUAUUGAAGAGGCUUGCAAGCGGAGACAGGAAGGCCUAGGGCAACGCAUAACCCCAUCUCACAGAACAAAAGACAGGCCUGAGUUUUUAAAAGUUCUUGGGCAGAAAAAGAUUCAUGUUUAUUCAUAGGCACAGGCCGGGAUAUGUUAAUUAAGGUUCCUGUGCAACAGCUUUCCAAGAUGGCUCCUGUCCUGGAGGCCUCUAGGAUUCGUAGCAGGGCUUAUUAUGGGGUGUUGUGCCUGCAUAGUCUCUCACUCCCGGGGUUGAAUUCCCUGGCUGGGGAAGCAGCCCCUUACUGCCCCUGGUGGAAGGUCACACAGCGGUCACAGGUGGAUGUUCUACGGAUGUCCCUGGGGCUGGUUUUCUCCAGCUGCUUCUGAAAGGCAACUUUAAAGAAGUUUGUGGGCUGUUUUUAGAUACCCUGCCCCAUUGCUCUGGGGAAUGGCUUUGUUUCCGUGCCCUGGCCCAUUUCUUGUUACUUUGUUUGCAGUUGUGGGGGCCCCUCUGUUCCUUGCCUUAAUAAGUCCUUAGUUUCCACACCCAACCCCCUGUUAUCUCCCUGAUAGUAUUGCCUGUCUCUUUGACUUGCUAGCAGUUACCUCUUAAUUUCUCUUAUUCGGGAACCUCAAUUUUUAUGUAUAGUACAUUUAUUCAGCAAAUUACUGAGUGCCUAUUAUGUGCCAGACGUUGUGGUAAGUGCUAGAAUAGAGUGGUGAGCAGAAGAAACGUGACUGUUGCUAACGUAGGAUGCAUCCUGAUGGCUAAGAAGACAGUGAGAGUGGCCCAGAAUCCAGUGAUUGAAGGCAAUUAUGAAGCUGUCUGAGGAAUCCUGAUUUGGAAGGUACUAUAGGCUUUUGCUAAAAACCAUGCUCGAGUAAAUGCUUUGAAGUUCGGAACCCUAAACAAUCAUUCUCUCUGGGUCUGAUGAGAAGCAUGUAUAGUAUCAUUGGCAAUUUCCUCCUGUUGUCUUUCUAAUGUUCUGUUGAAUUAUGGUUGUAGAUUCCCCCCUACAGUGUGCAAUUUUGCCUAAUGUUUUGUCCUCUAAGGAAGUUCCCCCGCUUGAGGUCUCUGCCUCCCAAAGAUGUGCCCUAAAGGCUUACUUCUGAGACUCAGAAGACCCUGAGGAUUCAGAGCAGUAGGGAGGCAAUCAUCAGCUGAGCCCUGCUUUUCCACUAGAUUCCAUCUGAGCUAGGUAGGAGGGAAGAAGCAUCACUUUCCUAGCAUAAUCAGUGGAGUCCAUGGAAGAAUAGGGAAUUUCUAGAAGUUAUAAAAUGCCUUAGAGGGUUGGGGCAACCUAAAAAAUAGAUGGUUGCUUGUUAAGUUGAUUCCAAAACAUGGUAACUUCAUGUGUGUCAGAGUAGAACUGUGGUCCAUAGGGUUUUUAGUAGCUAAUUUUUUGCAAGUGGAUCACUAGGCCUUUCUUCUGAGGUGCCUCUGGGUGAACUUGAACCUCCAACUUUUCAGUUAGCAGCUAAGUUCAUUAACAGUUUGCAUCACCUAGGGACUUCUGGGGCAACCUGGCAUAGCUCAAACUUCAGGAGACCAUGUUUUAUUAGAUGGAUUGAGGUGUGACUCCUGAGCUGAAAGAUCUUCGUGUCCCUGCUGUCAGGUUAGUUGUAGGACUCAUAUCAUCUUGCUGAAUUGGACCGGCAGUCUUGGGAUGAAGAGUGGACCGUGUUGCACACCAGCCACAUGGCAUGGCAGAACUCUGUAGCCUUUUGAGCCUCCCAAGGGAAGGUAAAGUGACACUUAGCUGGAUAAAUGUUUACUACAAAUGGUUCUCAAAGAAAAAGGAUUUUUCCACAAAGGAUAACUUUUUUUUUUUUGUACUUAUACAGUAUUUUCAGCAGUAUCUCCCUUCAUAUUAGGAAGAUAGACAUGCCCACAGUCAGGUGUGUACUGUCUUCAAAGAAAUCAGUUGUCUGUCAGUUGCACUGCUAUGACCUCAGAUUCUGGAAUAUCAAGACAACGUUCUUUAGAAGAGAUAUUUCACUUUGGAUUGAACCGAUGCUUAGAAUCAGUCAACUAACUGUCAAAGGGAAAAGGAUAGCCCAAGUGACAAGAAAACUUCUCUCACUAUGAAUUGCUUUGGAAGUUACUUCUCUAAGUGUCCUAAGGAUGGCUCCUUACUCAACACACAGUCACCUCUGUUACUUUCAUUAAUGUCCUCUGAAGAUGAACCACAUUUUAUUUCCAACUUGAGGAGCCAUGGGCCAGCUCGCGCUGUGGUGAAGCAGCCUGUUCGGGGAGCCAGUGGCAGGACCACCAUCACCUCAAUUGUCCAGACAGGCGGGGACUGGAGCACCGGCCUCUUCAGUGUCUGCAGAGAUAAGAGAAUUUGUUUCUGUGGUCUAUUUUGUCCGAUAUGUCUUGAGUGUGACAUCGCCAGGCAUUACGGAGAGUGUCUUUGUUGGCCAUUGUUACUUGGGUCCUCCUUUGCACUAAGAAUUGGCACCAGAGAGAGACAUAAAAUACGGGGCACACUGUGCGAGGACUGGCUGGCGGUGCACUGCUGCUGGCCUUUUUCCAUCUGCCAGGUGGCCCGGGAACUCAAGAUGAGGACCUCCCAGUUCUAUGAAAUCCGGGAAGCUCCUUGCACUAAGGAUGCCCUGGUUUGAAAGCCCAAGAUAACUCCUCCCUGUCAUCCCCCUCACUCCCUGCACCUUCCUCCCAAGCCCCCUUAGUAGAAAGAUUUUCUUCUUCCUAACAGUAUUAAAAUAAAUGACUUCCCCCCUACUGUUUCUACUGUUGUUCUCUUUUUACACAUACCCCUGCUGAAGAGUCCAUUAUUUGCCUAGAUUUGCUGUUCCAGUCCGGCCAGAGAAGGAAAAUUCUAGAGGUGAGUCUUGUGUCCUCUACAAUCCACCUGGAGUUUUGGAAGGUUCCAUUGUUUUCCAGCUUCCUACUGCCAUCAUCUCAUGAGGAAGAGUUGUUAUGUGGCUUCCUUAUGCUGUGCCAUGUUUCUCAAAAUACCAGUGAUGAGGCAAAACCAAACUCGUUGCCAUCGAGUCGAUUCAGACUCAUAGCGACCUUAUAGGACAGAGUAGAACUGCCCCAUAGGGUUUCCAAGGAGUGCCUGGUGGAUUUGAACUGCUGACCUUUUGGUUAGCAGCUGUAGCACUUAACCACCAUGCCACCAGGGUUUCCGGGUGUUUAAUUUCCACUGGCACCUGGAAUGGGCACUAAAUGUCACUGAAAAACAUAGGGACUGUCACUCCCACAUCCUGCCUUCUUGGGUCCUAAUGGCAUAAAGGUGAAAGUCUCAGGUUGGUGCUAAUCUUGAACACCUUGUGAAUCUUCUUCAGGACCCAGGCUCAGAGUCUUUAGGCAACUGCAUCUACCAUGUGACCUGAAUACCCGUUUUUGUUAAGGCAGGUACACGGCACAGCAAAGGUGUGAAAAGAUUGAAUUCUGUAGCCUGAAUUGCCUUUCCUGUUUACCAACCCCACCCUUUCCAGUUACUAAAUGUGUAACUGUAGGCACCUUUGCUAGCUUUUCUGUGCCUCAGUUUCCUCAUCUCUAAAAUGGGGGUGAGGAUAAUAAUAGUACUGACCUCAUAGGGUCGUAAGGAUUCUAAUGAAUGAAAACAUUUAGCACAGUGCCUGGCCAGUAGUAAACCAAACCAAACCAAACAAACAAAAAAUAAACACAAAAAAAUCCCAACCAGUUGCCAUUGAGUCAACUUUCACUCAUGGCAACCCCAUGUGUGUUAAGAGUAGAACUGUGCUCCAUAGGAUUUUCAAUGACUGAUAUUUCGGAUGUAGAUUGCCAAGCCUUUCUUUAGAGGCACCUCUGGAGGGACCCCAAUCUUUCAGUUAGCAGCCAAGUAUGUUAACCAUUGUGCCAUCCGGGAACCUGGCAAGUAGUAAACCCAAUCCAAAAACCAAGCCCAUUGCUAUCGAGUCAAUUCUGACUCAUAGCAACCCUAUGGGACAGGAUAGUACUGCCCCAUAGAGUUUCCAAGGAGCAUCUGGUGGAUUCAAACUGCCAACCUUUUGGUUAGCAGC